CCCACCCCCCGGCAGGAGCUGCCCUACGGCGGGGGGGUGGCACCCAACAUCUACUACCUCGGUUAUGCGGGUGUGGUGCGGUUCCGUGGCGUGAGGAUUGGCGGCAUCUCGGGCAUCUUCAAGUCUCACGACUACCGGAAAGGCCACUUUGAAUGUCCACCGUACAACCAGCAAACAAUUCGAAGCGCUUACCAUGUGAGGAAUAUUGAAGUCUUCAAACUCAAGCAGUUAAAGCAUCCAAUUGAUAUAUUUAUGUCACAUGACUGGCCAAGGAGCAUCUAUCACUAUGGAAACAAGAAACAGCUUCUUAAAAUGAAAUCCUUCUUCCGUCAAGAAGUGGAGAGCAACACAUUAGGAAGCCCUGCUGCUUCAGAGUUGCUGCAGCAUCUGAAACCCACUUACUGGUUCUCAGCACAUCUUCAUGUUAAAUUCGCAGCUUUCAUGCAACACCAGACAAGUUCCAAAGAAGAGCUACCAAAAGCAACAAAGUUUUUGGCUCUGGAUAAAUGUCUGCCCCACAGAGACUUUCUGCAGAUAAUAGAUGUAGAACAUGAUCCUAGUGCAGGUGACUCGCUGGAGUAUGAUGCUGAGUGGAUUGCAGUCCUCAAGGCCACCAACAGUCUCGUUAACGUGACUGAGAGCUCAUGGAAUAUGCCUGAAAAUAAUGGCCUUCAUGCAAAGUGGGAUUACAGUGCGACAGAAGAAGCCAUCAAAGAGGUGUUGGAAGAGCUGAAUCAUAACCUCAAAAUUCCUUGUAACUUCACAUUGACAGCUGCUUGUUAUGAUCCCAGCAAGCCCCAAAAACACGUGGAACCGGUUCAUACUAUCAAUCCACAGACCACUGAAUUUUGUGCGCAGUUUGGCCUCAUUGACAUCAAUGGCAGGAUCCAGCAAGCUAAGGAAGAGGGCUCAGUACGAGGUGAAUACGAAGAGGAGGAGGAGGAAGAGGAGAUGGACAGCACUGGGUCAGCAGAGGAACCCAGUGAAUAUAAUACGGAUACUUCUGGACUUUCAUCCAUUAAUCCAGAUGAAAUAAUGCUGGAUGAAGAAGGUGGUGAUGAAGACUUGAGUACAUGUUCUGUAGAUCCUUCCCCUGAUCAUCCUCCUGAGUUUUCUGCAAGUUUUUCUGACAUCCGCAUCAUGCCAGAUUCCAUGGCGGUAUCGUCUGACGAUGCUAUGGAUUCCACUAAUGAGGAACUGGAGAAAUCUGGUGUGAGUAAGCAGGUGGAAGAGAAGAGCUUAAAUGAGAGACCAUUAAAGCGCAUUGGCGGUAAUGAAAAUGGAAACAGUGGCAUUAAAAAAAUUAAGAGAAGGAAUCAAGCUAUCUAUGCUGCAGAGGAUGAAGAUAAAACAGAGUAAUACUUCAUAUGAUGUAUAAAUAGUUCUCUCCAUACCUUUUUAUGGGAAAGUGGUGAGAACUAUGGGGGACUAUUUGUGCUUUUAAUAUUACUUGAUCUUAUUAACGUUAUUUUCUUAAGUUGAAGAGGCUGUAUAUCCCCUCCGCAGGGAAGAAGAUUUACCCGGAUUAAACAUCUAAGUCAGAAGCAGACUUUUCCAACAAAGUACUUUGUCAAAGGAUUUAAAGAUCGUGUAUAAUCAGUUGAUUUUGCCUCAGUUUUUGGUUAUUAGUGUAUGUUACUUAUCUUCAGCUGUACCACUAUACAGGAUUCACCAUGCUCGUUUAACAAGAACUCUUGGACUAUGACUCAAGUCAAAGUGAGAGGAUGUCUGACUUAAAGGACUGAAUGAUUUGAUUUUAUUGCAUUUUGGCUUGUUUUUUACUGAACUUUUAAUGCAAAGUAGCAUAUGCAAUAAUUCGGUGAACUAAAUUUGAAAAUAGAAUUCCCAUGAUAACAGAAAGCAAUAGAAGAGUGAAGAUUUUUGUUUCUGUUGAUACUCAUGCCAUAGAAAAACUUCAUGGCCAUAGACAAAAGAGCGUGUAUUGUCCAGUAUUGGCUUUUAAUUGCAGUUUUGAUAGGGAACCAAGUUUCUUAAUUUGAAGCACGACAGUUUUAUGGGGACCAUGGAAGAGUACAUCUCUGUUCUUAAAAACUCACUGGUGUGCUGUUUCUUAAAACUUGAGAAUGACAUCUUAAAAUUAAAACGCAAGUAGUGAGAAUGAACAGCUUCCUUCCUUAGUGCGGACAUCAUCACUGUCACAAUUCUUACUGACUAAGGCUAUGUUGCACUUUCAUAUAAAGUGGCUGAUGUUUAGAAGUUGCUUGAGACAGUAACGCCUACCAUUAUCAUUAGCCCAAGUUUUCACCUGUCACUUUUCAGUAGUGUGUAACUGGCCGAAUUCUUACAAACGGAUUUGGAAUCUUCCAAAGUACCUUCAUAAACUUCAGCUGAGGGAGAACAGGAGCUGCCAGAAUGUAGAUCCUCUUGGAAGGUCUCUUUUUGCUGCUCUAGUUUGCCCUGAGUUAUUAGCAAGCAAAUUGCACUCCUUUGGCCUAAAAGGCUGUGAGGAUAACACAACUUCCUGCUGUCAUGAAAAUGACAGUGUCUUCAAGAACUGUAGUGUAUGUCAUUAGACUCGUUAGUCUUACAUCCGAGUUCUGCUGGCAUUCUGUGCUGAGCUUUCGGAGUCCACAGAUGGAGCGGGACUUCCUUGUGACUGUGCUGCCCUUGAGAGCAGAGGUAGCUCCUGCAUGCUUUUACUCCUCUAAGGCACAGGCACUGUGGAGAAGAAAGCAUCCUGUUGGAAAGAGGGAACCAGACAGGGAGCCGUGAGUGAAAUGGACUGGUGAGCGUAGCAGGGAAGCACUUUAAGGUCCAGACUUCCAUCCCAAAAAUCACUUCCACAUUCUGGGGUUCAUCUUGGUUCCUCUCCUGUCAGCCGUUCACUAUGAAAACUAAAUGUGUAUAAGUAUUCAAGAGCUAGGAAAUGGCAAAAUUAAUGCUCUCCGCGUUUCUGAUUUACGGCUUUAUACUGGUGGGUUGAUGCCAUUAACAUCCUGGGUUUUUUUCCAGAGGAUGCUAUCUUGAUUACUAAAUUAUUAUGUGGGCCCUCUUAAUACUGCUCCUGUAUCUCUGUGCCUGCUCAUCUGUCGGAACCAAAAAGAAUGUGGUACAAUGUGAUGAAAAAUGGGAAGCGUUUGGUGUAACCCUCAGGUUUUUUGGAGUAGCUGUGAGCUGUCAGCUAGAUUGCUGAAGAGAGAUCAGUAUCUUUAAGGGUCCUGGGUCUGUGAUGCUCAAAUCUUAAUCUUGCCUCAGGAUCUGAAGACUACAAUGGAAAUAAAGUAUUUUUAAGUAUAAAUUUUGUUACGAACUUGAAAAGUCUCUCAAGAAAUCUGAGCAUGGUAUUCAGCUGUCAAAUUCUACAUGAACUGGAGUGGAAGAUGUAUGUUAUAUGUAAUAAGACAUUUUAGACUGACUUCAUAUAUUUUUAAAGCAAACUAUUCUGUCUUGUGCUGUUCCCCAUCCUCCCCUUUCUGCUAAAUGUGUUUUGGCUUUACAAGAUAGAAUACUGAUUUUUUUUUUUAUCUUUAAAGAUUUUUUUUUAAUGAACUAUUUCAGUAUCCAUUGAACAGCGCAGCUGAUAAAUAUACUUAACAUAAAACUUUCUUGAGUAUAAACUAUCUCUGAUCUAUGUAGAGUUACUGUGCCCUUUCUUGUGGUUGUUCACACUCUCUUUGCAGUUUGAAGUGUCCAGCUCUGCUGUGCUCUCGUCUGUUCUGGAUUUUCCCUGUCAGCAAGAUCCUCUGCUCCAUGUAGAAUUCAAUUGAAGCUCUGAACUUGAAGCUUCCCCAGUAAAAAAAGACCAAAUACUCCAAAAAGUAUGUAGAACACUAAAGAAGGCUGAUAAAGUUUAAUUGGUCUGAAGUCUCAAGAGUCUUCCAGUCCUCUUUAAAAGAAAGCUUUAAAGACUUUCUGAAAACUUUUGACUUUUUAAAUUUUGGUGAGAAACGUGGAAAAUGCUUCUCAGACCCUUGUACAAGUUAUAAUUACAGAUUUUUCAGUAUAUGAGACUUGUACUUUGUCUAAAAAUGCUUUUGCUGUUGCCUAUAAAGUGCUUGAGAAAAGCCUUCACCUAUUUCAUUCUAGGUCAGCACACAGGUAUUUUGUUCAAAGCAUGUUAUUAAUCUACUUGGGGAAAAAUGAAGGAAAAGGGUGUAGCAUUU